UCACGCCUUCAGGUCCAGGGGUUGAUUGCGCUGUUGCGGCUUGUUGACCUUCUGAAUCCUUUAGGUACUCACUAGGUACCUUAGUGAGGGGCACUUGUUAAUCAAAUGGAAGGCAGCCCGCUUGAGGUGCGAACCUGCUAGCGCCGCAUCAUAGGUCACCUCGGCUCAGUGAUUUAGUUAAGCUGGAAGCGGGCGGGCAUCGAUCCCCCAGAUUGCCCACGUACCAAGGUAUAAAAUUACUUACGACUUGGUCCCUACAACACAAAACUUCACUCUAUUAACCUUCCGCCAUCGUUGGCCUUUCUCAUAAGGCAUUUUCUGAACUUGGCUGACUUCCAUCAUCAAUCUCACUUCAUCCGCUUCCUUUGGCAAAAGUGGGGGCGUUCGAGUGCUGGGAAAGACAACGCAGAUAUCAUCAUGGGCGUGGACAAAGACACGGAAGUCGCCUUGAAGGAGGAGGCCACGGAGGGGCUCAAAGAGGCUGUUAAAGAGGGUGUGAAAGAUGAGGUGAAAGAGGACAAGAAGGAUGAUAUUGAGGAUACCACAGACCUCAAGGCCGAGGCCGAGGUUGAUGCUGCUGCCUCAUCUCACACUCUCAUGCCUGAUGCUCCAACCGCUCAUACUCCGGCCUCUAGUCUUUCCCUAGCGACUCCUCCUCUAGAUUCAAAGCCUCAAAAUGCUGCCUCACACGAGGCUUCUGCCGGAGAUGCUGCUCCUGAUGAUGCUGUUCCUCAAGACUCAUCAUCCAAAGCUGCCGCGCAACAGCCCGUCCCCCAAGAAGCAGUCGCCACGACAGAAGCUGUAGCAGAGAAGACUGACGCUUUACCAACCCCAGUACCAAAGGCCGCAAUAGCUGUUGACGAAAUGGACGAGGUUCCAGACCCGGACGAGGACGACUUGGAUGAUUUAGAUGAUAUGCUGGAAGAGUUCUCUACCGUCAAGCUAGAUCAAACCAAGCCUCCUGGAGCUGCUGCUGGCUCCAGUAAACCAGAAGCACCCAAGGGCUCUGCUUCCGGCAAACAACCUGAAGUGGAGGAUGCGUUCUCAGAAGAUGAAUUUGCUAAGCAGCUCCAGGCUGGUAUGGCCGAUCUACUAGGCGAACUUGAACAGUCUCCUGACAUGCAAGCACAGUUUGAAGAUAUCUUCAAGCACAUCGCCGCGGCAGAAGGUGCUGGUGAUGCGCCACCUCCAAGCACUUCCAAAGGGCCUUCUUCUCAAGCACCACCUGAGGAUGCAUCGUUCCAAGAUACUAUCAAGCGAACUAUGGAGCGCAUGCAAGCUUCGGGAGACCAAGCUACCGCUGCUGCUGCCUCGGGAUCCGCUGAUGAUUUCAUGUCUGAGAUGCUCAAGCAGUUGUCUUCGGGUGACCUUGGUGAUCUGGGAGGCGACGGCAGUGAGGAAGAAUUCUCCAAAAUGCUUAUGGGCAUGAUGGAGCAGCUCACUAACAAGGAAAUUCUGUAUGAGCCCAUGAAGGAACUCGAUGAGAAAUUCCCUGAAUGGCUUAUCAAGAAUCGUGACUCGACACCGAAGGAGGACUUGAAGCGAUACGAGGAGCAACAGUCCAUUGUACGAGAGAUAGUGGCCAAGUUCGAAGAGAAGACGUACUCGGAUUCCAAUGCGACGGACCGUGAGUUCAUUGUGGAUAAGAUGCAAAAGAUGCAAGCAGCAGGAUCACCCCCUUCCGAUCUAGUUGGGGACAUGCAGUCGGCACAAGAUGCCCUCAAUCCAGGAGAUGAAGCCUGCAACCCUCAGUAGAUAAGGAACUUGGGUAUUGCUCCCAAGCCAUCUAUAUACCCUUUCUCAAAAUAAUAGGUGUGCACAUCUGACGAUAUCCACUGGCACUUCCUGAACGCCGUGUCCCUUCCUGGGUGAUCCGAUCAACCCCAACGCCAAGCGAGCAAACGCGUAAAGUACUGAAUAGGAAAAAAGAAAUAGUAAAAGGAAAGAACAAAGAAAGAACAUUAUUGCAUCUCAAUGUCUCCAGAAGUAUCCAUCUGGUCUUGGGGUCGGGGCGGUUUAUUCUGUUUGAACUGUUCUUGCGCUAUGAGCUCGGCAAAGACAUCAUCAUAGUCUUCGUCUGAUAGCGGAGGCGAGGGUGGCCGUUGUGAAGAAGCCAUCUGCUGUUCCUCAUAGGAUGCAAGCAUCGCUUCGAGCUGCUCUUCUUCAUCCAUCAUCGUUUCAUCCUCGUCUUGUUCCGGAAUCGGAGGUUGCUCUUGGUAGAAAGUCAUGGCGUCCUCGAUAUCCGCCUCAGUAGUGUCAGGAGCAUCAUGAGACAGCUGUCCUCGGUCGGCAAGAUAAUUUGUCUUCAGAAACUGCGAUUACAUUAGCAACAUUCAUAAUACAUCAAGUGAUCUCUCCUUACCUGUCCCUCUAUAUCUCUACGUUGCCAGGCCUUGUCUUCACGGCUCUGUCGCACAUUCUGGAGGAAGACCUUCCGUCUUCCUUCUUGUAGCUCAUCCCGCUUCUUGUUCACUGGGUUUGGCCGAGUGGGACGCGAAGCAAAUUUGAACUUUGGGGGCUUGAUAGGAGAAGAUUGAAUUUGACGCUGCGGACACACGUUUCUGUCAAUUGGUGAGAGUGGCGAUGAUGCGCGCACAGGUGAGGAAGAGAGCGGCGAUGAGACAGCAGGGCGAUGGUCCCAAGACCCGGAGAAAAUGGGUGCGGGAGAAAAAGACAUCAUAUUUCUGACUGUGCAGUUGUGGCGAUUAUGCUGUAUGAGAUUGUAAAUGACCCAUACGAUGUAAAUGUUGGAGGGAGCUUAAGAAUUACAUCGGUUUCGUGUUGUACUUUCGAGAUGCGUGG